AUGAGGUUCGACAAGACCAAGUACCAGGUCCUACACUUCAGCCAGAACAACCCCCUGCAGUGCUCUAGUCUGGGUUUCCAACCACUCCAGGGGCAGAGUGGUUGGAAACGGGCCCAGUGGAGAAGGACCUGGGGGUGCUGGUCGACAGCAGCUAAACCUGAGCCAGUGUGUGCCCAGGUGGCCAAGAAGGCCAAAGACAUCUUGACCUCGUCCUCAGCGUGUUUUUCAUCUGUUUCCCAGCUCUGGGAAUCCUCCGGCAGCCUCCUGAGUGCAGAGCUGAGCCAGCCCACGGCCAGCACGGGCCUGGCAGUGCCGCAGGAUGCCAGCCUGGCAUGGCAGUGGGACAGCGGGGCCGCCGUGGUGGGGCCACCCUGCGACCUGCUCCAGCAGUGCCUGUGGGCAGCGGGCAUCACGGAGCAGCUGCUGGAGGCGGAGGCCAAGCAGGACCUGGGCAGGUUCCAGCCCCAGGUGGCUUUGGGCAGCACCCUGCAGCUCUGCCCCGCUGAUGUCCGGGGGCUGCAGCCCCAAGCCAGCCACCCCCACCAGACGGGGAACAUCCAGCCCUUCCAGCAGCACCUCGGGCCCUUCUCCAGCCUCCAGGGCCCCGGUGGGACGCUGGGUGUGGGGCCCAGCCAGGUGUGGGGACAGCAGGUGAUGGCCCAGCCAGCGCAGCAGGUCGUGUUCCUCCAGCAGGUGCCACAGGGGAUCGUCUCACAGGGAAAGCAGCCGUUCCCUGGCCCACCCUCCUGUGUCCUGGGGAGCCCCCAGGGGCAGCCAGUGCCAGUGCUGGUGCCACUGGUGCCACUGGCCCAUGUGCCCACCACCCUCCCACACUCUGCUGCCAGGUCAUCCCAGCACCACCAGCACCCUGGAGCAGCAGCCCCCCGGCACAGCAGCACCCUGGCACCCAAGGCUGGGGGAGUUGAGCUGUGGCACAGCGAAAGCUGCCAGAGCCAGGAGCCAAAACAGGAGACUGAGCUCUUUUAUAUCUUAUUUUAAAUAAAACUCUUUUUUUUCC